AUGGAUUCUAUUCAUUCGACUGACAGUAAUUCUCAUGAUGAAAUGCAAUUAACUAACGUGUACGGUGGUUCUGAGGAAGACGAAGUUCAUAUUCAUUCAGGGCCUUUGCGUGAACAAGAUCGUUUUCUUCCAAUAGCAAACGUGGCGAAAAUAAUGAAAAAAGGUGUCCCAGAAGGACGAGGGAAAAUUGCUAAAGAUGCCAAAGAAACGUUACAAGAAUGUGUAUCCGAAUUUAUUAGUUUUAUAACGUCCGAAGCGAGUGAUCGUUGUUUACAAGAAAGAAGAAAAACAAUAAAUGGUGAAGAUAUUCUUCAAGCAAUGCAAACACUUGGUUUUGAAAAUUAUGUUGAACCAUUACGAUUAUUUUUAUCUAAAUUUCGUGAAAUAAGCAAAUAUGAUCGAUCAUUAGUUGGAGAUGGUCAGCAUGAUCUAGAAUUAAAUACAUCAUCUCGAAAUACGGGUCUAGAACCAUAUCAAAAUUCAGUUCGUGUUGUAACAUGUAUAAGGAAUGAUGAAGCAGAAAAUCCUGGAUAUAUUUAUUCUAUUCAGCCAUUUCAUCAAUGA